AGAAGUUAGUUUGUAUUUCUCUAUCAAAUCAAUCAGUUAUGUUUUUGGAAAUUUAAAAGUUUUAAAUUAAAAGAAAAACCAAAAUAUGGGUGACUUUGGGAACAAGCUCAGCUGGGCUGUUGGCAAGAAGAGGGUGAUGUGUGUCGGGACCACGACCAUCGACUUUGUGGCAACUAUAAAGAACUUUCCCGUAGAGAAUAAUGUCGAGAAGGCAACCGGGGGAUAUUUUAUACGCGGUGGGAAUGCUUCCAAUAACUGCACAGUGCUCUCGAAUCUUGGGGUCAAAGUGGAGUUCUUUGGAAUGCUUAGCAGCUUGAGAAUGUAUCAAGUUCUGAUCGAUGACCUGAAGGCACGCGGCAUUAUCAUUGAGAAUUGUCCAACCUGUGACCAGCAUGCACCCUUUGCCACAGUAAUACUCACGAAAUCGACCAAGACACGGAACAUUAUCAAUUGCAAUAAUAACUUCCCGUAUGUGAGUAUCGAGGAUUUCCGGAAAUUGGAUCUCAGUAAAUAUGGUUGGAUUCAUAUGAGGGCUCUGUACUUUGAUAAAAUGUUGACAAUAGUCAAGGAAUUUGCGGCCUAUAAUGCGACCAGAGAAGAGAAGAUCAUACUAUCGAUAGAGUUUGAUGCCAAUUUGGAGGAGAUGUGGCCACUAAUAGAUUACUGUGACUAUGCCUUCUUUUCUAAGCAGCUGGCCCAGACGAACGGUUGGGUUUCUACCGAGGAUGCCUGCAUGCAGCUGGACGAGCGUUUGCGCAUGCGAUGGGGUCUAAAUCUGAAGCGUCCCUAUGUGAUCGUCCUUUGGGGUGAUCAGGGUUCUGGUUUUAUGGAUCUCCAUGGUAAAUAUACCCAUGUCAAGCCCUACAAGCCCAAACGCAUUGUGGAUGCCCUGGGAGCGGGCGAUACCUUCGUUGGAUCCUUCAUCUAUGCCAUCUACAUACGGGAACGAUCCCUGCCCGUUGCUGUGGACUUUGGCAAUCGCAUGGCCAGCUAUAAAUGUACGAAAAAUGGUUACGAUCAUAUUGCUAAAAUUCUUCUGCCCCCAAAAUUGUGAUUUUGUCCUAAUGACUCCCAUUUGGUUUCGUUUUUUAAAUAUUUUUCACCCCAACCUUCACAAAUAAGCAUUAAAAAAAAAAAAAAAAAUAUAAAUAAACAAUCAAUAAAUAUAUGUACAUACAUAUAUAUAUAUAUAUGUAUAUACAUACAUAUAUAUGUAUGUUAAGGUACUCCCUUUAAUACCAAACUUAUUACGUUACGUUUAGGUUACGUUACUUUUUUAUUACGUUUAUACGCACAAUGAUAAUACCAUAAUCAACAUACCAGAAGUUUGACCAAAGUGUAUCGACAAUAAAUUAUCGGAUCUUCGAAUGAAUAAAGAUUUUCAUUCUACCCCCCCGAUAGACUUUCCAAAUUGAUUGCCAAACGGACCUGCAAUGUCAUUUAGUUUUCCUCGCUGAAAAGGGUUUUCCAUUCAUUUUUACCUUUUCCCGUUAACCCUUGGCAUUUUGAAAUAUAGCCAGAUUAUUUUAAUAAAUGAAAAGCAUUUGACCAAUUAAAUGGGACACAUAUAUAUAUAUUUAUGACCAGCAGGUGGUGCCUCUGGACAAAGCCGAUAAAUAAAAUCUAUAUUGGCUUCGCACAGAUUAUGCAAAUUUCCCCCGAGGCGUAUUCUUAAUUAGAGAUUUGCUGAGACAAAUUCGUAUAAAAAUCAAUAAGCGCACUGAUUCUUGAGAUGAUGAAAAUCAACCAACAAAAAAAAAAAAGGAAAAUCAUAAAUAUUCAAAUGAAAAUCCUCUCACCACUCCAACAGGAAAAAGUCAAAUCGAAUUAUGUAUAAAUUUAUACGUAAAAAUUUUGUGAUUCAAGGAGCCGCUGCCGUCGAGUGGUCAAAAUGGGCAACUGGCCCGCCGUCAACUUCACUUUUGCCGCU